UUAGAACCGGUAUUUCCAGCUACGGUUCCAAGGUCUGUGGUAGGACAUUUACCUUUGGUAUUAGAGUAUUUAAACUUCACUGCCAGAGUCAAAUUUUAUCAGUUCAUACCAUCUAAGAAUCCAGGUCUGAAAACCCAUUCCCGGCUGAAGAGACGAUGGCGAGGCUUACUGUGUGGGUGUCCCUUAUGCUGGUGGUGCUGGUGGCCCUGGGUGAAAGCAGUCCCUUCUGCUGCACACAGUACCAAGAACAUCCAAUCCCAGUGAAGUAUCUGAAAUACUACAGAGUCCAAGAGGUCACACAUCACUGCAACAUCAAGGCAAUAAUCUUCAAGACAUUAAAAAACAAGCUUGUCUGUGCCGAUCCUGACAGAAAGUGGGUGAGAAUUGCACAGGAGUCUGUACCACAAAAACCUUGAGCAGUAUGGAGAUCCCCUGAGGAAAACAACUGAAAGACACAUAAGAUUAAUAUAAUGUAGGC